UUGGUGGAUAAUGAAGUUAAGCUAACUGCAAGGGACACAAUAGCUCAGCUGCCAUGUCACUCCCUGCUUCAGAAAGCUCAACCCAUAUGCACAGCAACUCUUCUUCUGCUGAUCGGUUCACAGACUAUGCAAGGAGGAUUACCAGCUUACUCUGUGAAUGGAGGCCGCACAGUGGCUGACUGGGAGCGCUUCCUACGCUCUACAGAGAACAGCAUCCUGUCGAGGGCAAACAGUUACCAGCAGCGCAUUGCAGUUGCCCGCGAGAGGUUUCUACGCAGUCAGCAAGAGGCUCUGGAUGAAGUGAUAUCUGAAGGGAACCGAGAAGGAGUAAAUGCAAAUGAUAUACGUGGUGCUGUGCAUCAGCUGAAGGGAAACAAGCAUGCACAACACAGUUCCUUGGAUCCAAUGUCUUACAGUGAAAUAGAGAGCACAACAGUUUAUUCUUCAGCAAGUGCACCAGUGUCUGCAGCAGGGGGUGCAGACUCAUUGGUAGCAACAGCA